GUGAUCGUCAGCCCCGCCUCUCACAGGUGAGGUUUGGGUCUAAGGACAACAGCUCACCGUCACUAAGGCUUCGACCAUAAAUGACGUCUCUCCAUUGAUUACGUGAACUGACUUUCUCCGGGAGCGCUUAGUGGGAGUAGGCCGCUGGGAGGGGCGGAGCUGUUACUCGGAGCUGGAGAUUCACGAAGGAAUACUUAAACAUACUGCGUUAGUUACUGCGGGAGGUGGUGAAGAUGUCAUCAGUUAAGGUGGACUCCGUGGUGAAGACGAGCGCUCUGAUUGGUGAAGGACCAGUGUGGGAGGAGUCAGACCAGACCCUGCUGUUUGUUGACAUUGCCGGGCAGAAAAUCCACCGCUGGAGUCCGACAACCAAUCAGAUCCAGUCUAUGGAGACAGCUGACACAGUGGGCUUCGCGGUUCCUCGCAGGUCAGGUGGGUAUGUUGCAGGAGUGGGGCGGAGCAUUGUGGCUGUUGAUUGGUCAGCACAGAAGGUGAAUUCACUGGUGGAGGUCGAGAAAGACAAACCAAACAACCGCCUGAACGACGGGAAGGCUGAUCCGAGCGGACGACUGUUGACGGGUACAAUGCUGAAGAAUGAGCAGCCUGGGCAGCAGAAACAAGGAGCUCUGUUCUCUGUGGCCUCUGACCUCACUGUGAUCAAACACCUGAGCAAGGUGGACAUCUCUAAUGGGAUGGACUGGUCUCAGGAUCAGAAGACGUUUUUCUACAUCGACAGUUUGUCUCUGACCGUCGAUGCUUUUGACUACGACCCCAACACCGGGCACAUCGGUAACCGCCGUGUGGUGUACCACAUGGAAGAAGGGGAGGGGCUUCCUGAUGGUAUGACUCUUGAUGCUGAAGGUCACUUGUGGGUGGCCUGUUACAACGGGGGGCGAGUCAUCAGCAUUGACCUUGCUACUGGUGUGCGGCUGCAGACGAUCUCUUUGCCAGCAACGAAGACCACCUCGUGUUGUUUUGGAGGUCCAGACUACUCCGAGCUCUACGUGACCUCAGCCAGUCUGGGCCUCAACCAAUCAGAGCUCAGACAGCAGCCUCUGGCUGGUAAUACCUUCAGGGUCACAGGACUCGGGGUUAAAGGUCGACCUUCACACGCUUUCUCUGGAUGAUCUUCAAGAGGAGAUGUGAUCCAUCACUGAACUCCAACAGCCAAUCACAGCACAGAUUAACAACAGGAACUAAUCACCAUGUUUAAUGAUUACCUGUCAAUCAUCCAAUCUGUGUGCUGAUACCUGAUUGAAUGUGAUCAAUCAUCAGCCCCACAGGAUACUUUGUGUUGGAAAUAAAGCCUGAGAGACCUGA